AUGUUUACUUUAAGAUAUUUACGAGUACCGCCAAUUUCUUUAAUUACUCUACGUCAUUAUGCUGUAACUAAAACUGCUACGGGCCCAUCGGGUGCUGCAUUGAAGCUCGGCGGUGGUAUAGCAAAAAAAGGUGCAGUAAUAACAACAACAGUUCAACAAUAUCUCGAUGCUGAAACAGAUCCUGAAAAAUUAGUUAAUUAUUGUUGUGGUUUGAAUUAUAAAAAAGAACAACCACUUGUUGAAAUCAAAGCCGAUUCUACUUAUCCAGAUUGGCUAUUUGGUUUAGAAAAAUUAGAUAAAAUUAGUAUUGAUCAACUUGAUAAAGAUACGUGGGAAUAUUGGACAAGAUAUAAUGAACAAGGUGAAGAAUUUCUUCGAACUAUAAAUGAAAAACGUUAUCCUGAACGAUAUAUACCAACUUGGCUAAAAGAAUUAAGACCAUUAUGUUAA